GAGAAAGUGCGAGUGUGCAGUGAGACACGGUGGCGGCUGGUUCGAGGAUAUAUACGUGAAUCUAAAAAGGUUGAUUCGUUUAAGCUAAUGUUCUAAAAGAUUUCUUAACAUUAUUUUUUUAAGUACUCAAAUUUUGUAUAUCAUUGUAUAAUCGAUCUAUAGAAAUAAGUUUUUAUUGUUGUUCCAAUCGACACUGUGUACUCGUGCUUCACUGACAGGAAAAUACUAUACUGAACCAUGGCGGCUCUUAAACGAAUAGUCAAUCUAUCUAAAACUCUUAAAACAUUGACGACUACGUCUCGUCUGUGCUGUUCCCAAACAUCGAAGAAGACCUAUUUUACGUACGUGAACGAACCCUCUAUGCCAAUAUUAGACAAGGAACCGUGCUGGCUCAAAACUGCCGAUGAAGCGAUCGAGAAAGCAGAAUUAGAUUCUGAUCAACUCGUAUUUGUCCAAGGUGCAGCAGCUACACCUACUGAACUGUUAAGGGCGAUGACUGAAUAUGGUGCCCGAUGUGACGUGAGAAAUGUACGAUUGUUUCACAUGCAUCUUGAGGGUGAGGCAUCGUUCGCUAAACCAGAAAAUGCAAAACAUUUCAGAUCCAUCAGCUUCUUCAUUGGAGGCAACGUGAGACCAGCUGUUCAAACGGGUCAUGCCGACUGCAUUCCAAUUUUCUUGCAUGAGAUCCCACGAGUAUUUAAUGAAGGAUAUAUAAAACCAGAUAUUGCCCUUAUCCACGUUACUCCACCUGAUCACCAUGGAUACUGCUCACUUGGUACUAGCGUAGAUUGUGUACGAUCUGCUGUGAGCAAUUCAACACGCAUCGUAGCUUUAGUGAACAAAUAUAUGCCAAGAACAUUUGGCGAUGCUAUAAUUCAUGUCAGCCAUUUGGAUUUCGCUGUGGAGCAUCACAAACCACUUCCGGUGCAUCCCGUGAAGCCGCCGUCGAAAGAGGAACAACAAAUCGGUAAAUAUAUCGCCGAAAAUUUAGUAGUAGACGGAGCCACAUUGCAAAUGGGUAUCGGAAGCAUACCAGACGCGGUUCUGUCGCUUCUGACGAGUCACCAGAAUCUUGGAAUUCAUAGUGAAAUGUUUAGCGAUGGUGUAGUAGAGUUAGUGAAAAAGGGAUGUAUAACGAAUAAUCGCAAAACAAUGCACAAAGGUAGAAUCGUCGGUUCGUUCUGUGUUGGAUCAGAGAAGUUGUACGAUUUUAUGAACAAUAAUCCUUUUAUAGAAAUGUUGGUAGUGGAUUACGUGAACGAUCCAAAAAUAAUAGCCAAACAACCGAAUAUGACGGCUAUUAAUUCAUGUAUAGAAGUUGAUAUUACUGGUCAAAUUUGCUCUGAUAGCAUUGGAACUAGGAUGUAUUCUGGAUUCGGAGGACAAUUAGAUUUCAUUAUGGGUGCCGCUCUUAGCGAAGACCGUCAAGGAAAGCCUAUCAUUGCAUUACAAUCAGUUACCUCGAAGGGUGAAAGUAAAAUUCAACCCGUCUUAAAGUCAGGUGCUGGUGUUGUUACAAACAGAGCAGUUGCACGAUACGUGGUCACGGAAUAUGGAAUUGCUAGUUUAUUCGGUAAAAGUCUUCAACAACGAUCAUAUGAAUUAAUUCAAAUCGCCCAUCCCGAUCACAGAGAAGCGUUAGAAAAAGCGGCAUUUGCACGUUUAAAAGUGAUGCCAGCGCCAUAAGCAAAUUGAAAAGAAUAUUCGAAGGAUUUCUUUUAAUAGCAUUUCGUGAUAGUUGUUUCUCAUAAGUAUAAACAUUUGUAUGCAUCGAGGAAAGUUAUGAUAAAUUAUAUCAUGAUUUUUUAAAUUUAUGUUAUCUUGUUAAAAGAACAGUAAAAUGAACUUAAGAAAAGAAGUAUCAAAAAUAGAGUUUCAACAUCACGUUAUAGCGAAUUGCAUUUUGAAUAUUUAUGUGAAGACUUUCAUUUUAGACAAGUCAAAAACAUAUUCGUUUAGGAUAUAGGAAUAAGAAAGCUUUUACUUUAACCGGGUAUUUAACAUUAAAAGUACAAUCGAAAUAUGAAUGAUGAUAACCAAGAUAGUAUAUAAUAAUAACGAAUAAUUUUUACACGAAAUUUGAAAACGUUCCUGUGUAAAUUAACGUUAUUGUAAUUGAAAGUACAUAACAUUUGAAACAAUAAAUUAAAAAUAAAAUAAAUAUAGAAUACAUAUUA